AGUGGACGAGACGGGCAGUUGAUUGGUGUAAAUCGCUUGGCUACAACGCAGUCCAGGUUCACCCUAACUUCCUUUGAGGCGCAGACUACUCGUACUCGACACCGACUGCAUCACUUUGACGGGCAGAAAUGGCUUUGAAGAUAGUCUGCAUCAUUGCUCUGAUGAUACAAACUGUGGUUGGACACCCCCACGUCAGGAGGCAGCGUCAAAUGCCAGACAACCCUCCUAUGUGGGCACAUCAACAUCACGGUCAUUACCGACAUGAAUACCAUCAAUAUCAUCAACCACACAACUCCCUGCCUCAACAACAAGAGCAUUUCCAUCACCACCACCCCCACCCGCAUCAUCACCCUCACCACCUACACCUUGAUCCUCAUAACCACCACAGACACCAACAGCAUCAACAAUACUACUACCCUGUGCCAGUAGCUCCACUCACAAACCAGCAUGUCACACGAACAAAUAACUAUGACAAAGAACAAGGAUACAUACGUGAGGAAAACCAUGAGUUCAUGCAACAGUUUCAACCAAAUAUCUAUGAAAAUCAGCAGUCAGGCCUUUUUACAGACCAACAAAACUCAGAGGCCUUCAAUCAACAGGAUCAACAUAACUAUGUACCACAAGGGCAGCAACUGGUAAAUGAAAACACUCAAUAUGAAGACACCCAACAAACAGAAGACACACAGCAAACUAAGGAUUUUGGACAACAAACCGAUUUUGAAUUUGGAGCACAACAAUCUCAACAAGAAGUUCAGAAACCUGAAAAGUUCACAGACACACAGCAAACUGAGGAUUUUGGACAACAAACCGAUUUUGAAUUUGGAGCACAACAAUCUCAACAAGAAGUUCAGAAACCUGAAAAGCUCACAGACACACAGCAAACUGAGGAUUUUGGACAACAAACCGAUCUUGAAUUUGGAGCACAACAAUCUCAACAAGAAGUUCAGAAACCUGAAAAGCUCACAGACACACAGCAAACUGAGGAUUUUGGACAACAAACCGAUCUUGAAUUUGGAGCACAACAAUCUCAACAAGAAGUUCAGAAACCUGAAAAGUUCACAGACACACAGCAAACUGAGGAUUUUGGACAACAAACCGAUCUAGUAUUUGGAGCACAACAAUCUCAACAAGAAGUUCAGAAACCUGAAAAGUUCACAGACACACAGCAAACUGAGGAUUUUGGACAACAAACCGAUCUAGUAUUUGGAGCACAACAAUCUCAACAAGAAGUUCAGAAACCUGAAAAGCUCACAGACACACAGCAAACUGAGGAUUUUGGACAACAAACCGAUCUUGAAUUUGGAGCACAACAAUCUCAACAAGAAGUUCAGAAACCUGAAAAGCUCACAGACACGCAACAAACUGAGGAUUUUGGACAGCAAAACGAUUUUGAAUUUGGAGCACAACAAUCUCAACAAGAAGUUCAGAAACCUGAAAAGUUCACAGACACACAGCAAACUGAGGAUUUUGGACAGCAAACCGAUCUUGAAUUUGGAGCUCAUCAAUCUCAACAAGAAGUUCAGAAACCUGAAAAGUUCACAGACACACAGCAAACUGAGGAUUUUGGACAACAAACCGAUCUUGAAUUUGGAGCUCAACAAUCUCAACAAGAAGUUCAGAAACCUGAAAAGCUCACAGACACACAGCAAACUGAGGAUUUUGGACAGCAAACCGAUCUUGAAUUUGGAGCUCAUCAAUCUCAACAAGAAGUUCAGAAACCUGAAAAGUUCACAGACACACAGCAAACUGAGGAUUUUGGACAACAAACCGAUCUUGAAUUUGGAGCACAACAAUCUCAACAAGAAGUUCAGAAACCUGAAAAGUUCACAGACACACAGCAAACUGAGGAUUUUGGACAACAAACCGAUCUUGAAUUUGGAGCACAACAAUCUCAACAAGAAGUUCAGAAACCUGAAAAGUUCACAGACACACAGCAAACGGAGGAUUUUGGACAACAAACCGAUCUAGUAUUUGGAGCACAACAAUCUCAACAAGAAGUUCAGAAACCUGAAAAGUUCACAGACACACAGCAAACUGAGGAUUUUGGACAACAAACCGAUCUUGAAUUUGGAGCUCAACAAUCUCAACAAGAAGUUCAGAAACCUGAAAAGCUCACAGACACACAGCAAACUGAGGAUUUUGGACAGCAAACAGAUCUAGAAUUUGGAGCACAACAAUCUCAACAAGAAGUUCAGAAACCUGAAAAGUUCACAGACACACAGCAAACUGAGGAUUUUGGACAGCAAACCGAUCUAGUAUUUGGAGCCCAACAAUCUCAACAAGAAGUUAAGAAACCUAUAAAGUUCACAAACACACAGCAAACUGAGGAUUUUGGACAACAAACCGAUCUAGAAUUUGGUUCACAACAGUCUUACAAUACAUUCCAUAAGCUCGGCAAGAAAAUAGACACACAGGAAACACAUCACAAUAAUCCUUAUGAGAAAUCUGCACCAAAUGCACGCUAUGUUCCAUCACAGGAUUAUGAUUUACCGUCUUCACAAAACAAAAAACCUGAGAAAGAUCCAUAUGACUGUCUGAGUUUAAAAGUGGACCAAUUAGAACAAGAAAUCAAUAAACAAAUUCCUGAAAGUACCACAACAAAACCACUGGAGAUUCAACCUGUUGCAGGGGAAUCAUCAGUAGUUGAAACAUCAUUCAAAUCUCAGAACCAGGAAAAAUCUCAAGUAUUCACCACUAAUCAGCCACCAGAAGAAAUCGCUGAGGAAAAUACUCAAAAAUCAUUCUGGCAGCGAGUUAAAAGCAAAGUUGCUGAAACUUACGUGAAAGCUCGUUCUGAAGCGACUGAAAUAGUAAAAAAAGUCAAGAGUAACAUUCCUGGAGUCCAAUCAGCUCAAUAACUCUUGUUUAUACAAAAAUAAUCAGUAUUUUCAGUAUUCUGUGCAGAAACCUUUUUUUUAAAUUGCGAUAGCCUAUUUUAAAUUAUGUUGCUUAGGGUACAGUGAAAAAUAGUGCUCAUAUAUAGUAUUUGGAAAAAGUGUUAUGCUUCUAAGUACACUAUACACUAUCUAUACACUGUCAUGGUUACUCAAAUAUCUAUUUGUUUUUAAAUUAACUUAUUUUGUUAUCUAUACUAUUAUAAAGAAGAGGUGGUGUCUGUGUGUGUGUGUGUGUGUUUGUAUGAGCUAAUCUCAAAAACUACUGAACCUAUUGGGCUCAAAUUGCACACACAUGAAGCUACAGUUCCGAGGAUACAUAUAGAACUAUUCCCGCUUCAAUAUUGUCCUAGGGCUAUGCCCCGUGGGCUUUCAAAAAUCGGAGGUGAGAGAUUUCAAAGUAAAUUUUGAUUGAUGGUAUCCAUGACAACAAAGAACAAACCUACAAAGUUUAAAAAUGUAAACAAGCAGUACUAACUGUCAAAUUAAUUUUGAUUUCACAAUUCCAUACAGCUGGUUCAAACAUUCAUUUAAAUACUGCAUGAAUAUUAGAACAGAGAGGGUAAGGAUCAUAUUUAAAAUAAUGAUGUCACUAUCCUGAAUGUAAAAAUUAUUUAACAUUACUUAAAUGGAGCUGUCAAACCAUACGCUAAUGUCAUUUCAUUAUAAUAGGAUUCUUUCAGUUACAUAAUUACAGGGUGCAGCACUAUUAUUUUUUUGCAUUUAUGACAACAGCUAAUUUGAACCAACUAGCCACAAAAAGCUGUGGUACACAAUGAGACCUUUACUUUUUUCUAUGGUUCAGGGGCAGUAGUAGAACAAAAGAACCAAACUUUCUUAAACCAUGUCCUCACCCAUAACUGCAAUAAGCAUUUUAUACUUAUAUGCCAACCCCGUACGAAGGACGGGUACUCUGCUAGUAUAUUAAUAAUAGUUUAGAUUUUAAGAAUAAUUAGGUAGGGUAAUUUUUCAAAAACAUAUUUACUUUAUAUUCCUAUUCACAAAUCUUGUAACCUAGGUACAUUAAACAUUUUAAGGAAAGGACAUAGCUUGGUUAAGUUUAGGCUGCUUACAUUUUUUUAGAUUCUGUGAAUGUAUUCCUUUUUUUCAUUGAAGAAAAUGUCAUUUGUUGAGGAGCUGUGUUUGUCUCUAAAAAUAUUAACUAGUACAGUAAUAAUUUUAUAAUUUGUACCAUUAACUUUAGUCUUUCAACUAAAUAGGCUAUUGUGUGUGGAUCUAGAAUUGUAUCAAUAAAUUAAAACGUACAAGUAACCAAAUUGAAUUAAUUCAAUAAACCUUAGUUCAAACAAUAAUGAUAU